AGGGCUCCAAAAAGGAGUGAGUGUGAGUUAGAAAAAUUAACAAACAGAUGGUAAAGAGAGAGAGACACCAAUAAAAAAGGUUGAUAAAGCAAAUGAAAGCUGUCAAUUAUAUCUCUUAGCUUAGCUUCCCUCCUUUCUUUUAAAUAUACUUUAAUUCCUCAAAACCCAAAAAACCUGUAGUAUCUAAGAUCUGAAAAUCAAGAACAACAAAUUUUUCAUUUCAGUUCAGACAACUCAAAAUGAAAGGAAGAGAAACCAAAGCACCUCCUUCUACAGAUCUUUUGGUAUGUUUUCCUUCUAGAGCUCACUUAACUUUACUUCCUAAGCCCAUUUGCAGUCCUGCUAGACCGUCGGAACACAGCAAGCGCCACCAAAGCCUCCGUCAUAACCACCUCCACCGCCACCACCAUUUAAAGAAAUCUAGCACCAGAAGUGGUGGUGCUGGUGGCCAAGCUAGCCCUCUCUUAUGGGCCAAAAACAAGCAAAUGGGUUCAGAGAUUUCAGAACCAACUUCACCGAAGGUCACCUGUGCUGGUCAGAUCAAAGUCAGGCACAAAGCCACUGCAUGCAAAAGUUGGCAAUCAGUUAUGGAAGAAAUUGAAAGAAUUCAUAAUAACCGGGAAAAAAAGAAGAGAUCAGGUUGGAUGGAUUCUUUUGGAUUCAAGAAAGAUAUAAUGCAAUUCUUGACUUGUUUAAGAAACAUAAGAUUCGAUUUCCGAUGCUUUGGGUCUAUUCCGCGAUCAGAUAUUACGACAGAUGAUGAAGAAGACGAUGAAGACGAUGAAGAAUGUCAAGAAAAUAAUAAUCGUGGUGGUGGUGAAGGAAUUAGUGAUGGUAGUGAAGCUUCAAGAACUAUAUUCUCAAAAUGGUUUAUGGUUUUACAAGAAAAUCAAAACAACGAGUUUUGCAAAGAAAAGAAAAAAGACAAGUGUUUCAGUGAUGAGUCUAUUGCUACGUCCUCUGUUCCUCCUCCUAAUGCACUGUUGCUUAUGCGGUGUCGUUCUGCUCCUGCAAAGAGCUGGCUAGAAGAGAAAGAAGGAGAAGAAGAAGAAGAAGAAGAAGAAGAAGAAGAAGAGCAGCAAGAACAAGAAGAGAAAAAAGGAAAGAAGCUAAAAGCUUUAAUAGAGGAAGAGAAAAGAAAUAGUGCAAAAAAAGAGAGUUUGGUGGUGAUGAGAUAUGACACAGAUUUCUACAAACUUUCUAGUGAUAUUGCAAAAGAAACAUGGGUUGUCGGUGGAAUCAAAGAUCCAUUAUCAAGAAGUCGAAGUUGGAAGAGAUGAAGAGUCUGAUGAAGCUAUUUCCAUUUCACAAUGUAACUCAAAAUAAUUUUCCAACUUUAAUUCUUCCCUGUUCAAUAAUUUUUCUGUUCUUCUUUCAGGAAACUUUAAUUUUUUUAAAAAAUUUUCUUUCUGGGUUCUUGUGUGGGAAUAGGGAAAUCCAAUCCUAAUCAGGAUUUAUAGCUUACUUUUUUUCUUUUGUUGUUUUAUGAUAAAACUUUGAGAAAUUGCAUUAUAUUUGUAUAUCUUUGUAAACUGGAAAGGAUUUUGCUACCGUGAAUAGCUUGAGUUGUUUCUUUUGUAUUUGCCAAUUAUCUAAUUACCCUUUACUUAAGAAUUUUAUA